UGAAUGCUGAACAGCGUCUCUGGUUGGUUGGGCCAGAGGGCGGUGUUUACUGCAGCGUACUUCACAUUCAUUCGUAAUGAGCCUCUGUGCGGGAGACUGAUAGCUGCUGCGGAGCGCUGUGAUUCGGGCUGACGGCGAGCUUUGCACUGUUGCACUUGUACCAUGGCAGCUGAGCUCUCCACCUCCAUAAAUAUUAAAGAGCCACGCUGGGAUCAGGGAACAUUUGUGGGGCGAGCAAAGCAUUUCUUCACCGUCACAGACCCCAGAAACAUCCUUCUGUCAAAUGAACAAUUAGAAAAAGCUUGUCAGAUCAUUCUGGAUUACAAGAAAGGGGUGGUAAAACCAGGUCUCACAGAAGAUGAGCUAUGGAGGGCAAAGUAUGUUUUUGACUCUGCAUUCCAUCCAGACACAGGCGAGAAAAUGCUCCUGAUCGGUCGCAUGUCUGCUCAGGUCCCCAUGAACAUGACCAUCACUGGAUGCAUGAUGACGUUUUACAGAACAACUCCAGCCGUUCUGUUUUGGCAGUGGAUCAACCAGUCUUUCAAUGCAAUAGUCAACUAUACCAACAGGAGCGGAGACGCCCCCAUCACAGUAAACCAGCUUGGCACAGCAUAUGUAUCAGCGACCACAGGAGCCGUGGCUACUGCUUUAGGACUAAAUGCAUUAGCAAAGCAUGUGUCUCCACUAAUAGGACGCUUUGUUCCUUUCGCUGCUGUAGCUGCUGCUAACUGUAUUAAUAUUCCACUCAUGAGACAACGGGAACUCAAACACGGCAUCCCAAUAACAGAUGAGAAUGACAAUCGGUUAGGAGAGUCUUCAAAGGCAGCUCAACAGGCCAUCACACAAGUAGUGGUUUCCAGAAUCCUCAUGGCCUCUCCGGGAAUGGCCAUCCCUCCCUUUUUAAUGAACUCUUUGGAAAAGAAGGCUUUCCUGAAGAGGUUUCCGUGGAUGAGUGCACCCAUUCAGGUUGGCUUGGUUGGAUUUUGCCUUGUGUUUGCAACCCCAUUGUGCUGUGCACUGUUCCCACAAAAGAGCUCUAUGGCAGUGAGCCGUCUGGAACCAGAGCUGCGGGAGAAGAUUCGAGCCAGUCAUCCUGGAGUAGAGACUGUCUACUUCAACAAAGGACUGUAA